AACUAUAACAGAUAAGCGAACAAUUAUGACUUAUUCUUAUAUAGUUCUUUAGUAAUUCUAACAUUUCCGAAAGUACAAGCAGUGCAUCCCGGGCAUGUCCAACAAGUGGUUAAGCAAACGCGUAUUUGUUAAUUGGUAUUAAUACCGAAAGUCGACAAAUAAUAGUGUACGAAUACUUACACUUGCAUAAACAUGCGUCGUAAUUAAGCGUCUGAACUAUUAACAAUUACGUGCAUACAAAAUUUUGAAGAUUAAAACGAAUACCGGUAUACCAGAACAAUGAACACUUGACGCUACGACGCACUUACACAAAAAGCAAAUGGACGACGUUCGAGCCAACAGAGUAAGGGGAGGAGGUCACGUGACCGCGAGUUUCACUAUUCCUUGAUGUGCGGCGCUGGGACGAAAUUCCUCAAAUGUCACAACACAGUAACACUGUGGCAUUAGCCUCUUGGUGCAGCAAUGUCACACUAUUUGCAUAUACCAUAAGCUGAUUUCAUUUGGGAAUAUGAAUUUAUUAACUUGCGCGAACAACUUAUUAGCAUGAUAGAUUUAAGCACCUUGACAGAUGUUACUUACGGAAUAACUGAUUCGCUAUUAAAUAUUGUACUUCAUAGUAAUGUUAAGUACGAAUGAUUCAGGUUAAUAAAUCGUAUCCUAUACUCGAAAUGAUAUUUGAAAUACAUCGACAAAACAAGCUGUGACCUAUUCUUAUUGAAAUGACUGAUGAUAUGAUUAUAUUGACGUAGUCAAUCUUAUUUAAUACUCCGAAAUAUAACGAUUUCAAAUAGAUACUAAAGCUAUGUCUAUUCAAUUAUGGAUGUGCCAGAAGACCUUUUGAUUUGCCGUUUAUGUGGUGUAAAACUUAUAGAAGGAAAAUACAAAUAUAUCUUCAAUGAAUCUACAGACUUGAUAUGCAGGAUAAAAGAAACAUUACCAAUUUCUAUAUCUAUUGAUGAUGAUGGCCCAAAAUGCAUAUGCUUAUCGUGUUACGAAAAGAUCAGUUCUUAUUACAAAUUCGUUCAAGAUGUGGUAGAACAUUCAAAACGAUUGGAAAAUGCAUCGGAAAUCAAAUCCUUCUUUGGCUCGUCGAAAGAUGUACCAAAUAUUUCACAAAUUCGUAGCGAUGCCGUCUACCCAUGCCCGAAUUGCAACGUAGACUUAAUGAUUUUAUUAGUUAGUAAUCUGCAAGGCUGUGACACCUUUCAAAUCUCUUUAGCUAUGGUAAAUGAUGCGAACAAAAAGUAUAUUACAAGAGCGGAGAGUAAAAAUGUAGAGUUCCUCAAUAAUGUUGGAAUGAAUGAGCUUUUCAAACACGAAGAGAAAAUAGAAACUGUAGAGAAGAUCGAAGAUACGUCUUAUCAAGCGAAUGUUAAACAAGAAGAUAAUAUAAAUUUCAUCGACAAACAAUGCUUAGAAACUAAAGGAAAGAAUGAAUUAAAAAAGCACUUCAAUGAAUUUGACUCUUCUGAUUCUCCCAUACCAAAAAUCUUGAAAUUGGCAGAAUUAUCUUCUGUGCCUAAUGAAAACAUAUUGGGCUGCGAUUUCGGUUCUGCAGACCUAUCAGUAAAAAAUGAGCCAGAAGGUGACAAUGCUUACUGUGCAAACAGUGAAAGCGAGAAGAACGCGUAUGCAACUGAUUCGCAAAAUAUUAUCGAAGACGACGAUGCACAUGACGACAAUGACGAGUACAAAUCUUGUUUAAAAUACGUGUGUAAAUUAUGUGGUGCACGCUAUCUCUCGCAUUUAAAAUACGAAUUUCAUGUGGAGAGGCACAGAGCAGGUAAAAUACAUAAAUACGAAUGUACCGUAUGCGACAAGGAAACAAGAACUGAAAAUCUAUUAUGGGAUCAUUAUUUUCAUACGCACAAAAGCUUGCAACGUUACGUCUGUACAGAAUGCGGUAAAGUAUUUAGGAAACGGUCCAGACUGAACGUCCAUCAAAAGAACUUCAAACACUGCGGCAUGAAACAAAUACAAGUUGAUUCGAGCGAGCAUACGAUCAACGGGGAUGAUGCAACGCAAACCACACGGAAACAAGCUUGUGUGAACUGCAAUCUUUGCGGUAAACUGAUAUCAGAUUUAGACCCGGAUGCUAUUAACGAUUUAGUUACUUGCGCUACGUGUGAAGAUUCUACGCUGUCCUUAAUGGUAGACGGAAACGAGACGAAAGUUGAUAUAUUUGUUAUUUAUCCUACGGUCGAAGGCGAGUCAAUCGUGAAAAUGGCCGGGGAAAAGCGUAGCCAGGAUCAAGAGGAAACGUUACUGACGGGGACGGUGAUAUUGGUUGAUAUUGAGGGCACCACAACGAGCAUAAGCUUCGUGAAGGACACACUUUUCCCUUAUGUACGGGAAAAUGUGAGCAAAUACAUCGAAACGAAAUGGGGGGAUGAGGAAUUCAAGAAAGAUCUUGAAAAAUUAAAAGAACAGGCGAAAAAAGACGAGGAAGACAAAGUCGAAGGUUUCGUUCCUAUUUCUGGUGCCAAUGCCGAAGAAGAGCGACAAUCGCUCGUAAAAAAUGUAUUAUGGCAAAUGGAUUGCGAUCGAAAAACUGGUCCAUUGAAACAGCUACAAGGACACAUGUGGCGCGAAGCUUAUAAUUCUGGAAAAAUUAAAGCACAUGUUUAUGACGAUGUACCGAAAGCACUUGAAUCAUGGACGAGUGAUGGAAAGAAAGUCUAUGUUUACUCGAGUGGCAGUGUCGAAGCACAAAAACUACUAUUCGGACAUUCGGAACACGGUGAUUUACUCAAGUAUUUCAAUGACUAUUUUGAUACCGAAGUAGGCGCGAAGCAGGAGGCAAGUAGCUAUAAAAAUAUAUUAUCGAAAAUUGGAGCGGAACCAUCAGACGUAAUUUUCUUGACCGACGUCGUCAAAGAAGCAACAGCUGCUAAAGAGGCAGGUUUAUCAGCAAUAAUAGUAUUACGCGAAGGCAAUGCUGCUCUGACGGAUGAAGAAAAAGUGGCUUUUACGACUGUUAAAUCGUUUUUGGAUUUAUCGUUUCAAACGUCUCCGAAACGGCAGAAGUUAGAGAGUGCUGAAGGUCAGGAGAACGCAAGCACGAAGGACAAGCCUGAUGCUAACGAGCCGAUGGACACGUCCGAAGACGUUGAAAUGUCCGAUGCUAGCGAGAAGAAGAUCGAUAAUGCGCAAGCGAAGGAAGUCGCUCAGGAUGCGGACAAGGUAUGUGGAAAAGAUCAAUUAGCGAAAGAACCGCAAGGCGACAAAACAGGUGAGCCAAUGGUUAUCGAUGCUAAAGACCCUCCGAGCACUGAGAACGCACCUGAUAAGUCAGAGGCUCAGCAAUCAGAGGUGAGUACAAAAGUAGACGCUGCCGAAAAGGCACAACCUGCCACCGUUGAAGCGUCCAAUACCGAAAAGUCGACAGUUCCCGAGAAAAUAGAAACACCUGCAGAGACAAAAGAGGAAGCGAAAGAACCUAAAUCGGAGCCAAUUCCUACUGCAAAUGAUUCCGCUGCGGUGAGCGACUCUAAGACAAAGUCCGAAGAAGUUUCUAACACAGAGAAUAAGACUGAACAACCUACGAACGUCGUUAAAGAAACAAAAUCUCAAGACGCCACAGUGACGGAUGAAAAAGUCGAAAAUAGUAUAAACGAGAAAUCGGAAGAGUGUGCCAAGAAGGUAGAAAAUGAAACGAAAGAGGAACCCUCUGAAAAAGUAGUUAGUAAAACAGAAGCUCAAAAGACAGAGACCGAGACUCCUUCCGCGAAGUCUGCGCAGGAAGCGACAAAACCGGAAGAUAAACCAGCGGAAAACGGUGAUGUUCCAUUGACGAAUGUAGAAAAGAUUUCUGCCCCGACGAUAAAAGAAGCAGAAGCUGUUGAUAGCAAAGCGGAUGGAAACACCGAAGCGAAAAGUGCUACAGAGUUGAUCAAAGAAACGGAGGAGACCGCGACUCCGAAGGUGAAAGAUGCGGAGGAAACAGUGGAGAAACAGAAAGCAAGCGCGGAACCAUCGAAACAAGAAUCCGCGGAUAAGUCAACGAAAGAAGAGACAGUAGACGAGGCGAAGGAAACGAAUGCUGAUGCCGAAAAGAAAAAGCUAAAUGGUACAACGCAAAAUGGAGACACAGGUGACAAACUGCAAAGAAACGGAUUGAACGAAGGACCCUCUAGCGAAAAUGUUAGCUCGUCUACGAGCGAAAAUACAUCCGCGCAAAACGGUGAGCCAGAGAGUUCCUCGGAGGGUAGCGCGGAAUCUAUAAAAGUCAAAAAGGUCGUCGAUUCCGCGGUAGCCGACGGUGCUGGUGAACCCGACGUUGUUCCACCCGUAGUUGUAGCUGCGACGUCUUAAUCUUGUUCUUGAUACAUUUUAAGAAGUCCUUCAUACAUAACCCCAGCCCAUAAUACUUAUCCGCAGAUAUAAACUGACAAAAAAAUUGGCUCCCUAAAUCUUACAUAAAUCGUACGACGUUAAAAGUGUAGUACGUUAAUUUAAGACACAGUUCGUAUAAGAUUUUUCUAUUUCUAUUUCGAAAAGUGUGAGGGAAACAAUAAUACAAUGUAUACAGCGUGUUUCAGAUUCGAUUAUCAUUCGUAUGGCGCAUGUAUGUACUUUUCUUUUUUCAUAAAAGAGAACAGAAAGCUCGAUUCCUACGCUACUUAAUUUAUUCUAUUGCAAUUCUAUCAGUCAUUUUAUUUAGCGAUAUUUCUUUUACGUUUGAUAUUAUACGUGUACUUAUUAAUUUAAUUAAGAUAAUCGGAAAUGUCACUCGCUGUAGUCUCAUUUUCCUUUUUCUAUUGCAUUUUAUGAUGUGUAUUAAGAUUCUUUUAUACUGCCUAAACGGAAUGUUACGGUAUGGAAAUGCAUAACAUAGAGAAUUCAUUGUAGUUGGAGUAUGCUAAAAUAGCGAACGUACUUUGUGCCAAAUGACUCGAUUCGCCAAUUUUCAUGAUGUUUCUAUGAUUAUACUUACAUACCAUGCAACGUUCAAAGAUCUGAUCGAUAUUUUAGUUACUUGCAACAAUCAGGGGAGUUUGACUAUGUAUGAUUUUAAGACUGAAUUGGUAAUGCCUCGAACAGUCGCUGGCUUUAGUCUAUAUAGAUUUUUGCAUACUGUUCAUGUACUUAAUUUCAUGAAGUGAUAGCGACACAGUGGUCUUCGAACUUGAUCGACGAUGUUAUAGAAGUAUUUUUGCCACGUUCUGAAGGACAGUACGCGACAUCAGAGAUUCCUAUCUUUUUUCUUCCGAUUUAUUUAUCCAACAUACCUCUAGUUUAUAGCACUUCGAACCAUUUUUGUCUUUUUUAUAUAUAUAUUUUUUUGUACCAUUACUUUUGUCGAUGUUAAGUGACUUUCGAACGACUGAAAAUUUCUUAUUGCAUUUAUAAUGAAUAAAUAUUCAAAUUACGGUCAAGCAUCAUUGACCGUAACUUGAUUAGUUAUUUAUUAUCCAUUCCUACAAAAUUGACUGUGAUUUAACGAUAUACUGCUAGACAUAGGAGACUUGAAAACGAUUCAUCAUUUAUCAUGCAUGCAUAUCAAUUUCUUUGCCAGUUCAUAGUAUUAUUGUUAAUUUUGUUCAAAUUACACGUCCUUGCUCUGUCGAAAUCACUGUGAAAAGACUGUAGACAGUAUAGAUAGUAAAGAUGAAAAUGUUCUUCAUUUCUUCCGCUUCUAUUUUUAUUUUUGCCGGCGGCUAUGCCAGAAAAAUUCAACGACCCGCGACAGCGAUUAAACGAAACAAACGAAAUGCAACGUCAGCGUGUUCUACACUCGUUAUCUAUAAGUACCAUAUGUAUAGUCAGCAACAAGUGACAUUGCGAGACUUCGAACAGAUGCAUAUUUUACAGGACACUAGACAGACCUCGCAUUUAUUUAUAAGGUGUCCCUUUCUUAUAAACCUUUUUAAUACUCAACGAUUUCAUUUUCGAUGUUGCUUGAACCAUGACGAGUGAAAGAACGGAGAUCGAACUGAUUUUAAACGAUAUCUUAUCCUUAAGUCGAGAUUAAAAACAGUUUCCAAUCGGUAUUAUAAAAUGUAAUACGAUUGCAUAAUCAACGGACGCAUUAUCGAACGUAAAUAUGCCCAGAAAUGCUCAAUUGCGAUAUUUGCGCGAUUUUAUUGAAAUUUUAAGGGAACGUCUGUUAGGAUGCACACAAUGUUAAUAGUAUCCGAGUCACAAUUCUUUUAACAUCUUUGAAUCCUAACGUCUGUUAACAUCAUAUUAGAAAAAGAACAACUAAGUGACUGCCAACGAUAAGACUAAACGGGCCUACGAACGCGAAUUGGUGGUGUGUACCAAGUUCCUCUCGGCUGACUUUCACGGCAUCAUCCGAUAUCAUCAUCCUCAUAUCAUCCAUUCUUAUUCUUGCGUCAAUAGCCAAAGGGACCGAAUUGCACACAGCCAGUCCGCGGCGUAUUUCCUUUUUUUUUUCUUCCUAUUUCAUAUGCUCAAUUUUUAACGAAAUCUAAACCCCCCUUUCUCGGAUGCGUACAGGAUCGAUUUUAAUUGUGGUAAACUUAGUGACCGAAAUGGCGUUCUUAGGGUACGUUAACUCUUACUUCCAUUUCUAAGUAUUAUUUACGAGUAUUAAGCUUCAAGUAUUUUACAAAUGAAUUGAUUAAAGAGCUAUGUGAAAAAUACGUUGAAAAAUGAUUCUUUUCUUUGACUAUCAAUACUGCAAGUAGUAAGGUAAAUUAAGAUGUGUUGUAAUCUCGUCAACGUUUGCUCGUGCUCGAUGCGACCAUUUCUCUAAGGAUACAGAAUGACUACAAAAAGUAUUGACAUACCAUGACACAAUUUUACAUAAUUACAAUACAGAGUUAUCACCAAGAGAAUGAUUCAUACCCCGAUCGGCUUCAUGGCAUGAGGAAAGCUGUGUGAAAAAGAUUCAUGGUCUUAUCAAUAACUUUUGGAGUCAUAUAGUUUUGUAAUCGCGUGACAACUGUACACUGCCUUAUUAUUUAUUAUUUUAUACGACUUAGCAAAACUUGAACGAUUAAGACCCAUCAGCUAAGAAAUUUUUUUUUUUUUGAGAUUAAAGAGAUGAGUACCUUACAUGUAUGUACUAUCGUUUUUUUAUAUUUUUAAUCGCGACUGUGACACAUUUUAUCAUUUGAACUCAUACGUAACACGACAGUUGUGGAUCUUGUAAGCGCUAAGCAUGUGAGUUUCGCAGCUUACAAAUCGCACAGCUACUUUAAACUGUAUACUUAAGAUUCGUCCUCCUUUCGAAGUAUAUUAGAUAUCUAAUUAAGUAUCGAAGAUAGGAAUUACUAACAAACAAUAGUAUCGUAUCGAUUAGCGAUUAUUAUUUGUAAUUCAUUGGCUAUUUUAUAUAACACGUCAAUAUAAACGUAGGAGAGAAUGUACGGACUUUAUUGAUACUUUUUAACGAUAAACCUUCUUCGGAGAUACUUUUAAGGAUCUCGUAUGCUCGUCUGUUCCGUUGCCCAUCAAAUAUUUCCUACUCCCCUUCUCAUUUUUCUUUCCCUGCUUUCAUUUACACGAGACAAUUCGCAGUUAUUACUAUUUAUCAGUGUUGUUAUAUAAACGAUUAACGUAUGCGUGUUUCCAUAUGUGUGUGUGCGUGUAUAAGUGUGUGCGAGUGUGUUACACGACGAAGGCACAAACAAAAGCUACGAUUUAUUUCAUCGUAUUAACAUUGAACGGUCAUUGAAGCCAUUUUACCGAACAGAGUUGGAACAUGCUACAUACUGAUUGUGAGGCUCCGAAAAUAGUAUGCACUGUACAGAAAACAAUCGACGAUUCCCCCUUCUCUCUCUCUCUCUCUCUCUCGUUCAUAUUCGUAGAGCAAAAUAAACGGAUUUUGCCAUUAGAAUUCGUGCGUUCAUCUUUUAUUUCAUGGUUCCUAAGGGAGAUAAUAUAUUUGGAUACACGCGUUCGGAUGCUAAGAGAAAGAGAGAAAGGACGUCGAUGAUAUCGGAGCGAAUUUGAACGUGCUCGACUCGAUAGUAGUUUAAUUUUUGUUUAGAUUUAUCCAAGGUAUCGUGCAACUGGUGGCAAAUUAUUGCGUAUACGACGCGACAUGAUGUAUAUCUAAAUACGUGGUACGCUAAACCCGUAAUAGAAGCAAGGAACUAAUUAGCGUCCAUAAUUUAAAAUUAAAAAGAUCGAAAUAAAUAUAUAUAUAUAUAUACGUACAUACACAUAUAUAUGUAUAUAUAUCGAUGCACACGUCAAAUGAAAAACGCCCGGUAUUGUUUCUUCGAAUUGGUUCACGCUAACUCUCGCCCUCGGCUAGUCGAUAACGUUAGGUGCAGCAGGCAUUUUCACCCGAUCGAUUCUGACAUGAGUGCUAGUCAUUCUACAUACUACUAUGCGCACCGCGGCAUCAAUUUUCAACCAGCCAGUUUGCCAACGAACAUUAUCAAACGUCUCCGUCGUUCCAAUGACAGUUUUCGUUAAAGCAAUAACACUUCUCGGGUACGACCACUUUCAUUUCCUCGACGUAAUGUUAAGAACAAGAUGUAUCCAAUAUUUGGUACUUGAAAUACAUAUUGUUCAAAUGUACGA